AUGGACGAGACGGCACCGCUCUUGCCUCGACGGGUCGAGAGCGACGAGGACGUCCUCUUCUCGGCGGCGUGGCUCGUCGAGGACGCGCUCUUGGGCUACACGCGGCCACGGCCGCUCCAGACGCAUCUCGCGUACCAGCUCUACGAAUGGCAUGCCCACUGCGCGAUUCUGAGCGACGUGGCGAUCUACGUUCUGAUUGCGCUUGCCUUUGUCGAAGUGCCGCAUUGGUGCAACCACGACCCCGCAACGCUCUUUGCUUGCGGCGACCCGAGCAGCCCCGAGACGCCCAUGACGUUCAACGCCGGGUUCCUCACGCUCGCGCAGUCGCGCAGUGUGGCGCUCGCGUGUCUUCUCUUCUUGCUGGCCGACGUGCUCUUUGGGUACACGUACCUUGGCGCGGCGUUUCUCGGUCGCCACGAACGGAAGGUCCAGUUGGGCCUCGUGGUUGUCUCGCUCGUCGAUGUCAUGGGCGCGUUGGCGUGGCCCGCCUACGCCGACACUGUUGCAUCGCUGCGUCUGCACGAGUACGCGCGCAUCGUCAUGUUUGUGUUUUCGCAGCACGAGCUCCGGCGCGCGCUGCGCAAGAUCCUCCGGGUCGUGGCCGAAGUGCGCAAUAUCCUGAGCCUCGUCGUCGUCUUCAUCCUCUCUUUGCGCACGCCCGAAGGCGUCGCGCAAAUGCCCAACAUCUACGAAGCGUGCUGGCACUUUAUGAUUCUGCUCACGACCGCGAAUUUCCCCGACAUCAUGAUGCCCGCGUACAACUCGAACCGCAGCGUCGUGCUCUUCUUCAUCUUCUUCCUCUGCUUUGGGCUCUUCUUCCUCCUCAACGUCGUGCUGGCCGUCGUCUUUAACAACUUUGCGCGCUUCUCGGACGCCGAGCUCGCGCUCUCCGACCGCAUCCGCACCGAGAAGCUCGCGCACGCGUUCGAGUGCCUCCAAUCGCUCAGCAACCAUCCAGAGACGGUGCCCAUGGACGUGUGUCUCCGGCUCUUCCAAGGCCUGCAUCGCUUUCGCAACAUCUCGCACCUCGAACGCGACGAGAUGACCGCGCUCUUUGAUGCGCUCGACGCCAACGGCGACCAUGUUUUGGACCUGGCCGAGUUUCUACAUGUGUGCGAAGCCGUUGAGCGCGUCUUGAUCAAGGAGCCGCAACCGGCGUCCGAAGUCGAGGUGUACUGCCCGCGCCUCUUCACCUCGGUGGCGUUCCAGAAGCUACGCGCGGCGGUUCGCCACCCGACGCUCGAGGUUACCAUUGACGUCGUUCUCGUCGCCAAUGCCAUCGUCGUGUUUGUCGAGUCGUUCUCGAUCCUCAACGACGCCGAGGCAAAAGUGCUUCUUGACACGAGCGCCUGGACCAUCUGGGACGCCCUUGAACUCGGCUUUACACUCAUUUACCUCGUCGAAAUGCUGGCCAAGAUGCUUGUCUACGGCCUGCGCGGCUACUGGAUCUCGAUCAAGAACCGGUUCGACUGCGUCAUCACGCUCGCGGUCGUCGCCGCAGAUGCGUACGCGUACCUCCCUGGCACGUCGCUCCAGGUCGUCAAGAUCCUUCUCAUCGCGCGCUGCUUGCGGCUCUUUCGCCUCAUCAUCAACAUCAAAGGGUACCGGGUCAUUUGCACCACGUGGCUGCGCUUGCUGCACUUUGGCCAGCACUUGCUCCUCCUCACGUUCUGUGCCAUGUACGUCUACGCGCUCUUGGGCAACCAGCUCUUUGGCGGGCGCAUCUCGCCUGGUCGCAUGCGGCGCGAGUUCCCCGAGAGCGCGUACACGCAGGCCGACUACAUGGCCAACAACUUCAACGACAUGCCAAGCGCGAUCGUCCUGCUGUUUGAGCUCCUCCUCGUCAACAACUGGUUCGUCCUCGCGGAUGGCCACGCCGCCGUCUCGUCCAAGUACGCACGCUGGUACUUCAUCGCGUACUACGUCACCGGCGUCACGCUCCUCCUCAACCUCGUUGUCGCGUCCAUCCUGGAUUCCUUCAUGGACGAGUACAAACACGAACAUGGCCAGGACGCGGCUGUGGCCGGCGCGUGCUUGAUCCAGCCGUCCCCUCCACCUCCUGCGACGAAGACCGCGGUCGAUCGAAGAAUCUAGAUGCCAUUUGCGUACCGUAGGUAGAGAGCUGCC